AUCUACCGUAUACAUGUGGAAUGUAUAUUCACUGUAGCGCUAUCACAGGAAAACAGAAAACAGUUUUGAGUAUAUUUGAAAUAGAAAAUGCAAACGAGAAUAUGAAUUGGAAAUGAACACUUCCAUAUUGAAUUGAUUCUUGGAAUUUUCCUUUGGUUGAAUGAUGUUGAAAAUCAUUUUGCAACCAUUGUACCAAAACUCAUUUCCGCCAUCUACAUACGCAUCCAUUUUCCAGUUCUUGGUUGGGAAGAAUUUCGUUAAACUUGGCCAACAAGUUCAUGCUCACAUGGCCGUUCGAGGGGUUUCUCCCAAUGGAUUAGUCGCAGCCAAAAUGGUAGCUAUGUAUGCCAGCUCCGGUGAAAUAGACUCUGCCUCGUAUAUUUUCGAUAGUGCCACUGAACCCUCUUCGCUUCUGUACAAUGCCAUGAUUCGAGCACUCACCCUUUAUGGGAUUACCAAAAGAACAAUAGAGAUUUUCUUUCAAAUGCAUUCAUUAGGCUUCCGUGGUGACAAUUUUACUUUUCCCUUUGUUUUCAAGUCGUGUGCUGAUUUGAGUGAUGUUUGGUGUGGGAAGUGUGUUCAUAGCUUGAUUUUAAGGUCUGGAUUUGUGUUUGAUAUGUAUGUAGGCACUUCUUUGGUUGAUAUGUAUGUGAAGUGUGGUGAUUUGAUUGACGCUCGUAAACUGUUUGAUGAAAUGCCAGUGAGAGAUGUAUCUGCUUGGAAUGUAUUGAUUGCUGGGUACAUGAAGGAUGGGUUAUUCAAAGAUGCUGAAGAAUUGUUUGAAGAAAUGCCAAUUAGGAAUAUAGUGUCGUGGACAGCUAUGAUUUCUGGAUAUGCUCAGAAUGGUUUAGCUGAUGAGUCGUUGCAAUUGUUCGAUAAAAUGUUGGAUCCUGACUCGGAGGUGAGGCCUAAUUGGGUGACAGUUAUGAGUGUUUUACCUGCUUGUGCACAUUCUGCUGCACUAGAUCGAGGGAAGAAGAUACAUAGUUUUGCUAGAGAGGCGGGAUUGGAGAAGAACCCUUCGGUGCAGACAGCUCUUAUAGCCAUGUAUGCUAAAUGUGGAAGCUUGGUUGAUGCUCGUUUGUGUUUCGAUCAGAUAAACCCAAGGGAGAAGAAAUUAGUUGCUUGGAAUACAAUGAUUACUGCUUACGCAUCCCAUGGUUUUGGGCGGGAAGCUGUUUCAACGUUUGAGGAUAUGUUACGAGCUGGUAUACAGCCUGAUAAAAUCACAUUUACAGGUUUGCUAUCAGGUUGUAGCCACUCAGGUCUUGUGGAUGUUGGACUGAGAUAUUUCGAUUGUAUGAGUUUGGUUUACUUUGUGGAGAAGGGACAUGACCAUUAUGCUUGUGUUGUUGAUCUUCUUGGUCGUGCUGGACGAUUAGUGGAAGCAUAUAACCUCAUUUCUCAAAUGCCAAUGGCAGCAGGACCAAGCAUUUGGGGUUCCUUAUUAGCAGCUGGUCGAAGCCAUCGCAACUUAGAAAUUGCAGAAUUAGCAGCUAAAAAGCUGUUUAUCUUGGAACCAGACAACAGUGGGAAUUAUAUUGUGCUCUCUAAUAUGUAUGCAGAAGCUGGAAUGUGGGAGGAGGUAACUCACUUAAGGAUUCAACAGAAAUCCCGUCGUAUUAUGAAGAGCCCUGGAUGUAGUUGGAUUGAAUUUGACGGGAAGGCCCAUUUGUUCCUUGGAGGAGAUACAUCUCAUCCACAGGCAGAGCAAAUAUACUUGUUUCUGGAGGCACUGCCCGCCAAGAUAAAAGCAGCUGGUUACAUGCCAGAUACUACUUUUGCUUUGCAUGAUGUGAGUGAAGAGGAGAAAGAGCAAAACCUAAGUAGUCAUAGUGAGAGGUUGGCAAUUGCCUUUGGCAUUCUUAAUACAAGCCCUGGUACAGUUCUCCGAGUGACAAAGAAUCUUAGAAUCUGUGGAGACUGUCAUACUGCUAUAAAACUUGUCUCUAAGAUAUAUGAAAGAGAGAUCAUUGUAAGGGAUGUGAAUCGGUUUCAUCAUUUCAAAGAUGGUUCUUGUUCCUGCAGAGACUACUGGUGACUAAAAAUGAAGAUGUUAAUAUCUCUAAUUUGAACUCAGAUGAGAAUUCUUGUAGUCGUUAUGCAUAACCAUUUCGGACGCUACCAACUGUAAUGAUCAGCCGUGUUCACUGUCUACACAAAUUAUUAAGCUCCUGUGCAUUUGUACUCGAGCUAUUUCCUCAUUGAACUAUCACCCGAUUGGUGAAUGACAAGCCUCAAAAUGAUGGAAGUUUCCUAAAUGUUGAAGGUGAAGUAUCUUUCUUGGAGGAAUGUUGUUAGACUUUGUAAUAAUCAACUUUUGGACAAGCCAGUUCAAAUCUCAAAAAAUGGCUGGGACACCAUUGUAGUUGAGACACCAAAACUGGGAACUUGUGUUGAGGAUGUCAUUCACCGUUACAUGGAAGCUCAACACAAGAAUAAACCAGUAGACCUGUUAUUGCUCGCUCUUGGUUACCUUGAAACAUAGAGAAGAUGAAUGUUCUAGAGUCAAUUUGUUGACGAAGAUAGAGUAUUGUAUUUAUAGCAUAUAACAUAUAGUAACAUAAAUUCAACAACUCGUCAAAGUGAAAAUGAUUGAAGAAUGGAAUGUAUAGAUGUAUAAGCUUAGUGGGAAAUUUUUAACCAUUGGAAAAAGAAAAAA